AGGGUAACAUGGCUUUGUUGUCAUCGUAAAUGAUGUUCUAUGUUACGUAGAAUCAAGUGAUUUCUAUUAAUAUACUUAAUUAAAUUAAUGAAAGCAUGACACGCGCUUGAGUGGGUUACUAUUUUAUUCAUCAACCUAGAUGGACAUGUUAUUCUCUGUUAACGUUCGAACAAAGUGAAAGCUAUGGCUGGUGCUGUACAAGAGGUUAGAGAUCCUCUGUCUACAGACAAUAAAGGAUGUGUAAUUAACAAAACAACGAUAUCUUACGAGGAAAUCGCUACUAAACUCUUAAACGAAAAGCUUUUAUUAACGGCCUUGGAAUUACACGCAGAAUUAUGCGAAGCUGGAAAAGAAUUACCUAUUUUAAGAGAGUUUUUUUCAAAUCCAAAUCACUUUGAGAGUCAAAGUAUUAAGCCAGAACCAUACACUCCUAUGCCUAGGUCUUCUAGUCAGGCUACUUUAGACUCGCUUGAUAUGACAAGAUAUUCAGAGGAUGGUGCAGGUGUUGAUGAAAGAGUAGCAAUUUUAGAAUUUGAACUAAGAAAAGCAAGGGAAAGCAUUUCUGCUCUUCGUGCAAAUCUCACUGUAGUAACAGAGUCAGAAGGAACUACACCUGAUAAGUGCUCUGAUAAACAUUUAGUUAGUGAACCUCCUAUAAAACCCCAUGAACAAAGAGCUAUAAAUUUUCUUGUUAAUGAAUAUUUGUUAGCUAGUUCUUACAAAUUAACAUCAAUCACAUUUAGUGAUGAAAAUGAGAAUCAAGAUUUCGAAGAUUGGCAGGAUGUAGGAUUAAAUAUUCCAAAGCCAGCAGAAUUGUUACAAAUUUAUAGAGAAUAUAUGAGAGCAAAUGGAUAUGAUAAAUCACCUUCUGUGAGUGUUGGUGUGCAAACAGAUUUUUAUGAAUUAGAAUCAGAAGCAGAAACAGAAAAGGAUGAAUUUAAAGAAAUGGUAAAAAAAGUAGAGGAACUUAAACAACAGGCUGCAAUAUUAGAACAGGAAAAAUUGGAUUUGCAACAGAUCAUUGCUACCACUAAUGAAAAUUUAACUCAGAAUCCAAUCAAGCAAGCUAGUAGCGGAACGAUACAAACGAUAAAUUCGAACUCUACUACUCCGGAUAAGUUUGAACUUCUUGAAACACCAGCUCGUGAUACAUCGACACUAACUCAGGAAGUUGAUGAAGAUGACAGCGUUUCUGUUGUUGUUAGUCUUGGUGAAACAGAUCCUGGAGAUAAAGAAUGGACUAGAAUUCAGUUACCUAGGGUGGAUGUUACCGAAGGAUCAUCUAUCCUUCCAAAUCCGCCAUCUAGACAUUUACCAUUGAAAUUUAAGAUGGAAGUAAUAGCACAUUGUUUAGUAAAUGUUCCAAGCCCUGUAAUUUCUGCGGCGGAAGAUGCUUUUAAAAAUGGAGUGACACGCGAUACUCUUGUUCAAAUUUUAGCACAAACGUUACCUCGCAUUAUACCCAAUGUUAUUUUAAACAAACGCGAGGAAAUAAUACCGUUAAUAUUAAGUGCAAUUCGACUUCAUGAUGAUUCUGCAGAGAGAGAAAAAUUAUUACAGUUGUUAUUCAAUCUAAAGAAGAGACCUCAAGAAGAUGAAAGACAAUUAAUUCUAGCUGGUUUCAUUGCUAUGGCAAAACUUGAAAACGAACCAAUGGAAGGAGAAGAAAUAUUGACCAUUUGUUGGGAACAAAGUCAGCAUAAGUAUCCUGAGAAAAGGUUAUUGGCUGUUGAAUGCUGUUCUGUGUUAGCUCCUUACAUGUCAGUUGGCAUAAGAAAUUCUUUAAUGCUCUCUAUGCUCCAGCAAAUGUUACUUGAAGAUAAAGAUCCUACAGUUAGAGCUAGUGUAGUGAGGAGUCUUGCAUUGCUGAUAGCUUUAAUGGAUGAUCCUGAUAAAUAUUUUCAGUGUGAAGAAUUAGCAUUAACGGCCCUUUAUGAUACGUCAUCUAUCGUUGUUGAAGUCGCAUCUUCUACACUUUUACCAAUCUUAGCUCAGUGGGCACUUUCUCUUAAAAGAUUGCAAACACAUCUAUUACCACGUAUAAUAUCCAAAGUAAAGGGUCAUUUAAAAUCUGGAUAUUCUCAGCACUCACCUAAUAAAGAUCAUAUAGACAAAGGAAGAAUAGUAUCAUCAAUUGCGGUGUUACAAUAUUUACUCCCACAUAUGGUUAUUUGCAUAGCAGACACCGAUUCGGUUAGAACUUACAUUGAGGAUGGAAUAUCAUCUGAUUUACCCGAUGUGUUCCUGAAUCUGUGUCAUUCCAAUAUCGUUAAUCCGAAAGUAUUUUAUGACGGUGACGUAGAUAUAGGAGCUCUUCUUAAUACGUUUUUUGCAAAUACAUGGGAGAAUGAUUCAUGGCCAGAAUUAGAGUGGUUUACAAAUAAAUUAGUGUUGGACAUUUUGGAAAUGGUCAAAUCUAUCGAUAUCGUACAAGAGACUAUUUUGAAUGCUCUUCUAACGUACAUUCAUUCUUUAUGUUCGGGUUUUGGGCGAUAUAUUACGCAAACACGGAUUCAGCCAAUAAUUGCAUCUGAAGUAACUGAACUCGAGCAACAAUUAACGACUUUGGCAACAGAUAAAAAAAAUAUGAGUUUAACGUUAAUUCCGACAUAUUUAAUUAUACUAUCGACUUUAAAUGGUAUAGAUGUUUCUAAGUCCUUAAAACAGUUCCUUGUUGCUUUAUCUAUGAGUGGCACCAGUAUUACUAGUUUACAAAUUGCAAUCAUUAUGUUAUGCGCUCAAGAACAUAUGCAAGAAUAUGUCCUUAGUGGUUUAUGGGAUGGGGUAGUACAUCAAAGACCCAUCGUAAGAUGUGCAACCGCAACAUUAUUUGGUUGCGUAAUAGCUCACGUUUCCGAUCGAUUAGCAAGUGCUAAGGUAGUUCCUGCAAUUGUAACGCUCGUUAGUGAUCCUGAUAUAACUGUUCGGUCUGCUACAAUUCCUUCCCUAGGUCAUUUAAUAACGGAAUGUAAAGUAAGAGAGAUGCGUGAUAAAGCACGUUUAACUUUAGAAACCAUUGCUAAAGAACCUCAAGGUAUUCCGCCUACUUUAGCACUUCCAUUCGUCUCAACGUUAGCAUUCAUUGCUCCUAAUUGUCCCCAAAAUUAUAUAGAAGAUGUUAUAGCUACCCAAUUAAUGGGAAUAACUUCAGCAGCGUUACAUCAAGGUCGUAAGGUCGAGCUCGUUACUGCUUUAGUCGAAGCAUAUUCUGUUUUGGUUUAUUGUCCACUGAGUAAUCAGUGUGUUUCUGGGGUGUUAUUACCAGGACUGAAGUACCUUGAGCAGUUGGUUAAUCAAUAUUUACCUCAACAGAAGGAAGCUGUUCGAUCACUUUUACGAGAAGCAGAAUCACGACAAGAUCUUUCAAAACCAAUGGAGAGAUCUUUAUCAAUGAGUUCUGGUCUCUCAUUAUCAAUGGCCACGGUAAAUGUGGGGCAAGGUGUAGAAGACAUGAGACAAAGAGUGAGCAAAAUAUUUCAACACAAAACUAGUUCACCAAGUAUGUCUAGUAUUUUUCGGAAGAAAUAA